UGACUCAUGACUAUGACACACCUGCUGCGUCUGAAAAAAAAAAAAACCCAAAAAAGAAAGAGAGUAGAGAAACUGGAGCGUCCUCAGUUGGAGCCAAAGCUUCUCUAUUUUGAAACCCCCAACACAGACUGUCUCUGCUGCAAGUAAUGGUGAAAGAAAGAGCGGCAGUGGUAUGAGCUCCCAUCUUGUACUUAAUCCUCUCCUUGUUUGCCUUGCAUCUGACCAAUGAGAAACUGAGUUUUCAAAUGGUCCAACAAAUGAUUGAUACUAAUAAACUCAGUGAACAUGGGCUGGCCAACGGCGGGACUGCUUUUCCCACCUUUGACAAGCAACAGUCCAUAUCGGCGAAGAAGACAGUUUUGAGAGAUUUGCAGAAUGAAAACCGGAACAUCACUGCCAAACAGCCUGGAAACUCACCUCUUCCAAAAGAGAGAGAACCCCUCAUGGAUGCCGUAAAGGUCUGUGGCAGUAAGAGGCCUCAGUCUGAUUGCCUGGCGAGUUCUACAUUUGACCAGCCUCCAUGCAACAAUGGCGCAAACGGGCAACUUGUCUACAUCCGUAGGAAAGCUGAACAAGAACUGGGAAAGAUGAAUGCUUCCAACAUGGAGAACAUCGGCUCCCCACAAUCAGGAAAAUUCGGCACUGAUAGACAAGAACUGCACGGACAGAUCAAUCAGAUGCAGGAGCCUAAGGUUUCUUGCUCUCCGGUAUUUACGCCUAUGCCGGGAACUUCUCUAACAACCUUCUCAUCUGGGGGACUUUCUGUUCCUCAUUGCUUUAGGAAGCCUAUUAAUGGGGUGACAGUGGCAGAACCAAGUUACUCUUCAGCUACCGCUACAACUGGGAUUCCUCUUCUUUUCAACCGCCAGAGGACAUCGAAUCAGCUUCGAGAACAGCGCUUUCUUCAGUUGCAAUUGUUCUUGAAGAACUGUGACCAGUCAAGUCAGGAGGAAUACAUUAAGAUGCUUCGAUCUUUAUCUGCAGCUGGCCGCGGUAAACAUGCAGUUGAAUUGGAGAAAAGAGCAAUCCAUCUUUUCCUGGAGGAAGGGAAAGAGAUGCAGCGGGUGAAGGCUCUGAAUGCCUUGGGGAAAUCUACCCCGAUCAGUUACAUGCCGACCCCGACUGAAGCUCGCCCUCUGCAGCCUGUUCCCGUGAAGAGAGAAUAUAACACGUGAUAAAGUGCAUGUGUAAGCAGCAACGAACAUGGAAUUUCUGCCCUUCAUCUUGUAGCUGGAAUUUAGAGCUUGCUAGUGAAUUGUCCAUCAGAAGACGGGCUGCAGUUUUUGAGCUGUUUGGAAUCCUGUCAUCUGGUUUUCAUCUGGUUUGGCUGAACUUCCAUGGGAUGGGUACUCUUUCAAUUCAAGUAGGUAGAGAUAUUUAGGAAACUAGACUAUAACUGUCAAUAACUGUCACCUGGCUUUUUCCAUCAAAUGAAUUUCAUUGUUCACAGAA